AUGCACAGCUACUUUGGCCAGGUGGGUAGAGAUCCUUCUCAGAUUGCACCGUCAUGGUCAUCUCCAGCUGGCACACUCCCUGAGCAUCAAGCAAGUGAACAAAAUGCAUCUUCAUCUCAGAAAGAGGAGGGAGGGAAGGGCAAGAGCAGGAGGGUGUCCACCGCCUCUAUGGGCUCGAUGGUGAUGGUGGAGCGGGAACAGCUCUCAGUUCCAACACCACCACCGGAAGAGUCGCGCCCAGAGUCUCUACGACUCAUGCCUGAAGCCGACCCUCUCCGAAUGCCACCCACACCUGUCUCAUCCGCUGCUUCAAUCGUUAACAGAGACGGCGAGGCUGCGGAAAAUGGCGGGUCCGUGUUAGACGGCGGUCUGGCAUCCAUCACGCAGGCUUUGCGAAACUUUGUGCUUCCCAAAUCCACAUCUAGCGUCAAGGAUCGCCGCCACCAGUCUCUACCCGUCUCAAGUGUUACGAGAAGCACAGUUCCCGCGGCGCACAUUUCAAACCCUGCGUCGUCUACUCAUUCCUCGAGAACACAGAGUCCCAGGUCCCCUUCUCCAAGUCAUGCUAAGCCUCCGUCGUCUGAAAAGUUGAGAGAGUCAGAUGAGCUAACUUCAAACGUGGCCUCUGCGCUGCGUGAAAAGAGUACUCCUCCUCACACGCCCAGAGCCCUAUCUCAAGAAGAUUACCGACGGGCCGAUACUCGGUCCCCUCUGUCCAGCACAAGCACAGCUAGCAGUGACAGGAAUACCCAGAUCGAGCAGAAGCGCCCGCUCAAAGAUCAACUACCCAAAGGCAGCACACCACGAGGAAAAUUGAGUAUCAAGAUUGCCGAAGGACGCAAUCUCAAGCCAUCAUAUGAUCCAUAUGUGGUGUGUCAAUUUGAGUGGAAUGAGUAUGUUUCCAAGGGAGCAAGACAUGACAAGAUGGAUGUCGACGAGGACGAUCGAAAGGGAGCUGUUUCACAGUUGUCAUCAGUUCCAAUUCGGCGGACUGACAGUGACAUGGGUAAACCGGUAGCGAUCCCUAUGAAGAGUCGCCAGAGUAGUACGAAUGGUAACGGAGAGGAGCGGGGACUGAGCAAAGUCGCUGAUCCUCAGUGGGAUCACGAGGCCAUGUUCGACGUUGUCAGCGACCAGUCAGAACUUGAUGUCACAGUUUAUGAUCGCCAAACAGAAUCAUUUUUGGGCCAUGUUCGGCUAUGUCUGAAGCUCACAGAACAAAAUCCCACGCUAGAAGGAUUUUUCAGGCUCGAACCUCGUAGUGCCGAGGACCAAGACAUCUCGGGCGAGAUUCACAUUCGAAUGCACUUCCAGAAAGUGGAAAAGAAGCACUUCGGGCCUAAUGACUUCCAAAUCCUCAAACUUAUUGGGAAGGGAACCUUUGGUCAAGUCUAUCAGGUUAGGAAGAAGGACACUGGACGGAUCUAUGCCAUGAAAGUGCUAUCAAAAAAAGUCAUCAUCCAAAAGAAAGAAAUCCAGCAUACCAUCGGAGAACGGAAUAUACUGGUUCGGACAGCCACGACUGAGUCGCCGUUUAUUGUCGGUCUCAAAUUCUCAUUUCAGACUCCUUCGGACCUCUAUUUGGUAACUGACUUCAUGUCGGGAGGAGAGCUGUUCUGGCAUUUGCAGAAAGAAGGUCGUUUCAAGGAGGACCGCGCAAAGUUCUAUAUCGCGGAACUCAUUCUAGCCCUGAAACAUCUUCACCAAUCUGACAUUGUCUACCGGGAUCUCAAACCAGAGAACAUCCUACUCGACGCCAAUGGACACAUUGCGCUGUGCGAUUUCGGACUGUCAAAGGCCAAUUUGACCCAAGACGACACCACAAACACUUUCUGCGGAACGACCGAGUAUCUUGCUCCCGAAGUGUUGCUCGAUGAGCAAGGGUACACCAAAAUGGUUGAUUUCUGGUCCCUGGGCGUCCUGGUCUUUGAGAUGUGUUGUGGCUGGAGCCCAUUCUAUGCUGAAGACACCCAGCAAAUGUAUAAGAACAUUGCAUUCGGCAGGGUGCGGUUCCCUAGAGAUGCUCUGAGCACCGAGGGUCGGAACUUCGUCAAAGGCCUACUCAACCGCAAUCCGAGACACCGACUUGGUGCGAACGGAGACGCCGAGGAGUUGAUGGCACAUCCAUUCUUCGCCGACGUUGACUGGGACGCCCUGGGCAAGAAGAACUUGGUACCUCCCUUCAAGCCGAAGUUAACAGGAGUUGCCGACACAUCCAACUUCGACCCGGAGUUCACCAAUGCUCUCAACACAUCGUCUUCUCUCAACGCUCGAGCAGCCGCUCUAGCUGCAGGUGCAACGGCCGAGUCAACACCAUUAUCUCCCACCAUGCAGAAUGCCUUCCAGGGCUUCACCUUCGUCGACGAGAGUACAAUGGAAGAACGCUUUGGCGGGAGAGACAGCGAGUAUGAUGACCGAGUCGAUGACAAUUAUCUCUCACGCUCUAGAACGAAGGAGCACAGAAUGAGUGGGGUCCAAAGGACGGGUGAUGAUGGAUUCUUCUUCGAGGAAUGA